AUGACUCUCGAGCUCCGCUACUUCAACGACGUAAAGGAGGUGAACGGCCGAUACGCCAUCCUCUCUCACGUCUGGGAGCAGCCAGAACAAUCGUUCCAAGAGAUCCGCCAGCUACAAUAUGAAGGCGCAUCGCUCCACGACCCGCGGAUAUGCGACAAGAUUCUGGGGGCCAUAAACGCAGCUAGACUUCUUGGCUUUUACUGGAUCUGGAUCGACACUUGUUGUAUCGACAAAACGAGUAGCGCAGGGCUCGAAGAGGCGAUCAACUCCAUGUUCAGGUGGUACGCGCAGGCCGGGGUAUGUAUCGCGUACCUCGCAGACGUCCCGAGUGACUGCACUGUCGACGAGCCACGUUCCGCGUUCCGUUGGAGUAACUGGUUCAGGCGCGGAUGGACGCUCCAGGAGCUCAUUGCGCCACAAGUUCUCGUCUUCAUGUCGUCGGAUUGGACCCCCUUAGGCACGAAGGCUGCACUGUGCUACCUGCUGGAGGAGAUCACGAGUAUUGACGCAGCCAUCUUGACGUUUCGCCGGCCUCUGCAACAAGUCAGCGUCGCAAAUCGGAUGUCCUGGACGUCCGGACGCACGACUUCCCGGGUCGAGGACGAGGCGUACUCUCUUAUGGGUAUCUUUGACAUCACGAUGUCCACCAUCUACGGUGAGGGACGGGAGGCGUUUCGGCGGUUGCAAGAGGAGAUCAUGAAGCGCAAUCCUGACCACACACUCUUCGCCUGGGGCAGAGUGAUGCUUGGCACCGAAACUCCAAUGACGCCUCUGGUACAUAGGCGAAAUUCCACAAGUUCCUUAUUUGCGCCCUCUCCAAGCGCGUUCUGGCACUCUGCGUGUCUGGCUUCUAUCUCUCUGGGUGCCGUCGCCGAGCUCGUUCGUGAGCAGUUCACCAUCAACGGUGUUGACCAUCAGACCGUCUGCGAACAUAGAGUCACCAGCUACGGGAUUCGAUGCGACUUCAUCAUCGUCGAAGGCAACCCAUUCACACUGGCCCUCCUUCCGUGUAAGAGCCAGGCGGGCGAAUGCGUCGCUCUCAUCCUAUGGCGCCGGGCACAUCCAACGAGUGGUCUUUCCCAAUUCUCCGUCGGCGUUACAUCCCAUGAAGUAUCCGAUCCGCCAGGCUAUCGAUUACUUUUCAUCGGUCCCUCGACUAUAGAACUCCUUCGUCGGAUCGGAUGGGCACCUAUGACAAACAGUCUCGAGCAACCCUCAGCUUUCUCAACUCCCAGACACUCGGGAAACAGUAUGUCAGAAGGACUAUCCAGGGCGUCGACUGCGAUCGCAUACGGGUCGCUCACAACGGUUUACAUCGCCGACGUCCAAGCCCCCUCCGAGCUAAACGUCUUCGCGCACCUCUCUGCCACAGAGCCAGAUGCGUUCUUCAUCCCUAGCUGGCUCAAACCCACCCUCGCAGCCCACUUCGGCUUCGAUAUGGAGUCCAAAGAGACUUGGUCUUCGGGGCGUGCAAGACCCCCGAAGUCGUACAGAUUUAUACACCGCAGCACGCGCGAACGAUUCGUGCUCCAUCUCGGCCGGUGCAACGAUUCCCUGCUUUGCGCCCACGUCUCCAUCAGACCGGCCUCUCCUCAGGAUCGCACCCGAGACUACGCCGACGGUGUUCCCUACAAUCCGUCGAGUAUUUCGCCGCUGCCAACGCCGUGCCCGAACUACGACCCGACGUUUUCUACCGUCUACCACGUAAAUUCCUGGCCAAACGGGUCGCUCAGCUUCGGGAACUCGCGUCGCACUGUCACGCUGACUGCUACGCGCUGGCCGCACGACCAUUCCUACUGCCUCGAAGUCCGGCUGGGGGGCAGAGUAUACGCGGAUCUUCGCCAGCGCCAGCGUUCUCGUCCUUCCUCCGAUCUGCAAGCGCAACUCGAGCACUCCGGAUGA